UCACUCAGAUGGAAAGUCAAAAUCGAAGAAUCAAGCUCAAUCUACACAAAUAUAAAACGGCCGGAGUCCAGCAGUACAGCAUUGACAAGAUGUCAGACGAGGAUGCAGACGAGUAUGACGAUCAAUCAUCGAUAUCGUCAGUGUCGGACGACGACGACUUCUCAGGCUCCGAGUCGGAAAGCUAUCAGGACACGACUGAAUCCACUGGACCUUCGGAAGCUACAACUGACGAGAUGCUGUGGGGAAGAAGACGUGCUCCAGUCUGCGGAAUCGCUGCACAAGCCGUUCGACGUCAAAUUCUAAUGAAUCAACAACAUGAGCCCAACGUUCUUGGGAACAACAAAAAAGUUUACCAAACGUUCGGGUCAACUCCACAAUUGGCAAAUGAACGACACAAGGAGAUGUACUCGCAAAUUCGGCGGGGAGACGACUCAUCAUUUCGAUCACGUGACAGAUUUGUUCCACCAAGAAGACCAAGGAUGGGAUACGGAUCCAGCGAUCUUUCAGCUAUUGAGGAAAUGUCUCCAAUUCGUUCAUCGACUUACUCCAGCAGCAGCGAAGCACACAGACUAUCGUCUCUGCGUGCUCAAACUGAGUGGAAGCCUCAGCUCACUUCAACAACUACAUCGUUUCAGCCACUCAGCCCGAUGAACCAUCAUGAUAAAGAAAACGGGCCGUUUAAAGCACCCAUGUCACCAGUUUGCAGUUCAACUCCUCGCUCUCAAAGAAUGUACCGCAAAAAUCCCAAAUACCGACGUCAAUUUGGCUCGUCUCUUCAGUUAUCCGAGUCUCGCCUCGAAGAGAGCACAAGCCAAGAGUCGGAAAGAGCAGUCACCCCAGAAUCGUGGAUGGAGCAUAAUAACGAGAAUGAGCAUCCAGAUCAGAUGAUGUUUGCCAAACCAAAGCAAGGAAGUUUUCCGCGACCAGAAGCUUUUGGCCUUGAUAACGCGUACGCCAAGCACAAGGACAUUCGAGGAAUCAUCUUUUUGAGCAUGUCGUUGUGUGGACGCCGUCUUACACUCAACGUCCAAAAUGCCGCCUACUUCUGCAGUGCUGCUCGACCAACAUCUGUGUGCUCCUACGUCAGUGCUGUUCUUUGCCAUCGUCCAAGCUCCCAAUCGUCUUCUUCCUCACGCCAGUAUAGGCAAAGGCCUGAUGAGUGUUAUCGUACUCGCCUCGUGACAAACUGCAAUAGCCCAUCGUUUGAUGAGAGUUUCUAUUUCACAUUCUCCGAGAAUUGCGUUCGCGAUCUUCUGAUCGUCACUGUCUAUGAAAUGGAUUCCAACAAUGCCGAAAAGAAACGAAUCCUGGGAUGCAUGACAUUCCCUGUGAGCCGAAUUCUGAAAAAGGCCAGCCAAGUCGUCGGCGAUCCGUUCCCCCACUACAGACGUCAAGAUCCAAUGGAAGAUGUUGAGAUCAACAAUGAGGGAUUUUUCCUCUUGAACAAAGACCAGGGAAGAAAGCAAAAUUUCCCACAGCGCAAGGUUCGCCGCCAAACGUUUUACGAGGAUCCCGCGUUCACCGGAGUGUCGUCUGCUGGUUCAUCGGUGAUUUCCAACAAUACUGGAGGACAGAUGACAAUGGCAUCUCCUCGUUUGUCAGUGCCCAAUGAGCUGACAAUGGGUGAUUACUACAGAUCAACGGGUAGCAGCGACAUGCGCGGUCGGUCCACAAACAAUCUCCUAGACUAUACGUCUGCAUCGUCAAGCACAAAUGGUUCAGCGGGUGGCCCGGAAAAGUUGAAACUUCAUAGGGCAACUCUACCAAGUAUCACAACUACAACAAGCGAGAACAACUCUGACGAUGCGAAGAGCCUGAGUCCCGAACAAUCGCCCACGGAUCACCACUUCUUGUGUCCUGACGACAAUGGAGGAGUCUACGGAGCAGGGCCCGCUCAUAGUGCUAUUAAAAAGAGCUCGGUUCGUCGUGCAGCGUCGUUCACCUUUUCGCCGAAGCACUCAUCCUCAAAGACCAACCUGCGCCAGCUGAACGGACGUGAGGAAGAUAAAGAAAAGAAGCGUUUUCUCGGACCAAUCUCGCGCACGCUCUCCUAUUUGCGGUCGAAGAUGGAUUUGGCUCUCUCCACGUCAUCACUUUAUCCAUCUCGCGAUGAUGUCCGACAGUGGGAAAUAUCAUUCGAAUCUCUACUUAACAACAAAUUCGGUUGCGCUCUUUUUCGUCAGUUUUUGAAAAAGGAGUUUUCCGAUGAGAACAUGGACUUUUGGCUCGAGUGUGAGGAGUUUAAGAAGAUGAAGGACGGAAAGAAGUCGACCACACAAAAAGCCAUCGAGAUUUACAGUGAAUUUGUCGCUGAACACUCACCCAAAGAGGUGAACUUGGAUAGUGAUACCCGGGCCGCCACAAAAGCUGCCGUUGAGGCCGGAUGUAAGCCAGACACCUUCGCGUUGGCUCAAAGCCGUGUUGAGCAACUUAUGUCCAAAGAUUCGUACAGACGAUUCCUGCGUGACCGUCUAUUCCUAGACCUCCUCGAAAGCUACGAGAUUACCGAUAAGGAGGACAAACCGUCAAGCUCGAAAGACAAAAACUGAGCAAUCAUAUUCUCAUUUUAUGAUCUUUUUGUUUUCCCACCCCCGCACAAUAUAAAUUGAAGGUAGUGCAAAUGUGUCCUCUUUUUCUCUCUCUCACGUAGUUGUCAUUUUCAUUGGAACUUUAUCUGUACGUUUCUAUUCUUUGAAACCUGUCUAAAAUUUCAACAUGCCGCUCAUUUCGUUGAGCUUUUUUCUCAUCUUUUCUGUAUUCUAAUUGAAUCAGACUCUUAAUUGCCAGUUUUUUCUCACUGAAUUUUUUUCCUAUUAUGUGUUGUAAAAAAAGAAGCAAGCUCUCAUAACCGAAAACUUUUCUUCUCCCAACACAACACCUAUCCCUAAUUCUCGCUUUUCCGUAUUUUGAUCUCUGUUAUGAAGGUAUUACAGAGUUGUCUUGUAAAACGAAGAAUUCUGUAAAAAUGAAAUUUUUACAAUAAUAUGUACGUCAUUUUAAUUUCGAUUGACAUGGUGACAUUUUUGUUUUCAUUUGACAGUUUUAUGAAUCAACCAAAUUGUCUUAUGUAUGUAUGUCUUGUCUUAUCAAAACCAUCAAAAGGGAGGCUCCACACUUG